CUUUGGUUGAGGAACUAAUUAGCAAUUUCGGCUUGCGCUCCCCUGUGCUGCAUCAGACUAUCUUUCUGGCCUUGACGCGCCGUAUCCCCCACCCGAACAAGCAAGAAGGACGUCUGUCCGAGAUUUUUCGGCAUGACGCUGCCCUGACAGAGGACCGUCUGGCCCUCGCGAUGACGGAGGCCGUCCCCUUGUCACGCGCGUGCAUGGAAACCGAUAUGAUUCUCACCUUGUAUCACGUUAAUAUGGGUUAUCCUCCCACAAACACACCGCCGUCCCUCUUUGGCUCGCCAUCCAUCGGUGCCUCGGGUCCCCCGCAUCCGGGUAAAUUCAUUCACUCGCCGGGCAGGCCAGGAGUGUUACCAUUACCGACCCCACCUCCCGUGGGCCUUCUCUCGCAAAUUUCACCGAUUUCACCGAUUUCACCUGCUGCCGCUGUAUCAGCUCCGCAGCAACCUCUUCGAUCACCCGCCUUGACACCCCCCAUGGCUCGUAUGUCCGUCACUGCGCCUCCCCCACGUCCUGUUCCUGCUCCUACGGUGACACCGCCGACGCAAGCCCAGCCUCGACCUCGUCCAACGCCUACUUUAGCCUCAACACUGCUCCUGCCUUCGCCCGGCAAGACCUUGUCAGCCAACACCAUGCCACCACAUCCACGGGAUGCGUUGCACCAGGCCCAUCUUCGUGAUCCAGUUCACCAGCUUAUCAAACGGGGACCGGCUGGUGAGGUUCAAGAGGCAAUGCUGUUCCAGUAUCUUGACUCAUUUGCACUCACGCCGACGCCAUUGGGCCGCUUUGAGUGUCAGUUUCACUGGUCCUUCAAUCUAACCCAAGAGGAUGCGGGCCGUCUGCCAGCGCCUGCCCAAAUGAGCUCUGGCGAACUUCCCCAUCAUGUGCGCGUUUUAAUGGAUGGUCAGCAGCUCUACCGUCUGCGCUGUGUAUCUGUCUCCCCCAAGUCAAAGCUCCCAAUUGAUGAAUCUACUUGGAGUCUGGCCGACUGCGUCUGGCCCAGCGUAAUUUAUAUUUUCGUCAAUGACACUGAACUUUUUGUACGUCGGAAACAUCACCAUGCCAAAGACCUACCUCUCGACAUCACUUCCCAUCUGCGCCCGGGCGAAAACAAAAUUUCGUUGCACUUUAUCCGUGAUGCAGACGAGCAGAAGGACAAACUCUACGCCAUCGCCGUCGAGAUCGCUCAGAUUUCCGCUCGCGAGUCCGUCAUCGCACUUGCACAGACGCUCUGCGCAGAUGACACCCGUCGUCGCAUUCACCAGCGUCUCGAGGCGGCCACCAGUCAUGAUGACAAUGAUGAUGACCUGCACGUGGUUAGUGAUGACCUUGUGAUCAACCUUGUCGACCCCUUCACGGCUCGAGUGUUUCAGCAACCCGUUCGCGGACGAUCUUGUCUCCAUUCCGAGUGCUUCGACCACGAAACUUUUAUACACACCCGCGCCGCCACCUCUGGGCAGCGUCCCUUGCCCAAUGAUUGGCGCUGUCCAAUUUGUCGUCUUGACGCCCGUCCACAAAUGUUGGUGCGCGAUGAGUUCAUGGCUGACGUGCACAAAGAACUGCUACGCACGAAUCAGCUUCAUGAUGCCCGCGCCAUUCGAGUCGCUCGCGAUGGCUCUUGGACGGUGGUCACGGAAGCAGACCUUCCGACUGCUAAGCGCUCCUCUAGGGGUCUGGACAGUCCUGUCCCCAAGAGACAAAAAGUCGACACGCCGGAAACAGUAUCCCAAGUCACUCAGACAGUAAGCGAAGCCUCGGCGGUCAUUGCCCUCGACUGAGGCCCUGGCGCAUCAUCUGGGCCAUUUCCGGGGAUUAAGUUGGUGGAUAAUACAGCAGGGAGCCCAUCUAAAUUCAUUUUUAUGAUAUUGGAUGGUGAUCAAAUUUGAGCAAUGGUGCUCUCGGUAUUUAUUUCCGCCUUUCCUUGACUCUUUUCACUUUUUUUUUUCUUCUUGUUUGUUAUUUUCUCUUAGCGUUCUGAGCCAACGAAUCUCUUCUUCAACGAUACCCCCACCCUUGUUUCUCCCUGCCUAUUUUUUUUUUAUUUCCCAUCUCUGGAUGAGAAUGGAGUUGGGAUGCUGUUGCUGUGGAUAUGGUCCUUGGUAUCAAGUAGAUUAUUAGAUACAG